AUGCAAGUGCCAUAUUUGAUGUUGUGUUUAUUUAUCGCAGUGGAUGGCGUGUACAUAUCGAAUCUGAACGAUGCCUGUUUUCGGUGCCUGUGUCACGUGGCCGGCUGUGAUAUGUCACAUGGCUGCACCAACGGUUACUGUGGACCGUACUACAUCUCCAGGGUCUACUGGGUGGAUGCUGGCAAGCCUACACUGCCUGAAGACGAUCCUGACAGAAAAGAAGCGUUCGAAGACUGCGCGCGAGAUUAUUACUGCUCGAAGAAGAUCGUGGAGAGUUACAUGACAAGAUUUGGAAGGGACUGCAACAACGACGGUGUGACGAACUGCUAUGACUACAUGAUGAUCAACUAUCACGGAGGGAGGUCGUGCUCUGGACCACUAUUCCUAACCACUCAUGGCAUGCGAUGGCUAGCUAAAUUUCAGGAGUGUCGGUUUUAA